AAGAACGGCACCGCACAACGUCGUCAAGAUGGUCAACGUUCCCAAGACCCGCAACACCUACUGCAAGGGCAAGGAUUGCCGCAAGCACACCCAGCACAAGGUCACCCAGUACAAGGCCGGCAAGGCUUCGCUGUUCGCUCAGGGAAAGCGACGUUACGACCGCAAGCAGUCGGGUUAUGGUGGUCAGACCAAGCCCGUCUUCCACAAGAAGGCCAAGACUACCAAGAAGGUCGUGUUGCGAUUGGAGUGCGUCAAGUGCAAGACCAAGCUCCAGCUGGCGCUGAAGCGAUGCAAGCACUUCGAGCUCGGUGGUGACAAGAAGACGAAGGGUGCGGCUCUGGUGUUCUAAGUGCUUUGUGUUUGGGGUCUCACGGUCACCAUUUCUCAUGCUUACCUGGCGGCAUUUGGGCAUCACGGACACUGGCGAAGGGAGGUACAUGUCCUCGGCUGAGGAAUGUUUCAUAGGGAGUGAAUCAAAAAAAAUCUCUGUGACUGCACCAACAGACUUUCCGCCAAUGUUUGGCACAAUGUCGUGAGGUGCUCCAAGGCCGGCGUCCGGGGUUGAGUCAUACCCAGGUAGCCAAAAGAUGGACUCAAGGCGGGGUGAAGGGUCUGAGGGAAAAGUUGACAAUUAUCAAAACUCGGGCUUGCUGUCUGUCUAUCUAUCUAGUUGGCACUACAUCUAGAAACCCUCUCCCAACAUGAUGGUUCUGCCACCUCC